CUUAGGAUUAACUUCUUUAACAUGAGAUUAUAUUAAUCUUACUGAUUAUUUCAAUUUUUUCCAACUUACUUUAAAGUCCACAAUAUUUGUACGUCGGUCAAAGUUAAGUGUUAAAAAAAUGAUGUUACCUGGUUUUAUUAUCUCUUCAAUGUUGGUGAUAGGAUUAGCAUACUACAUGUAUAUACCGGAUACCGAACUAUUGUCGUCUGACUCCGUUUUUACCUCACAGUUCAAAUCCCUGUGUACUUAUUUGCGAGACAUAAUUUAUUCUAACAGUGCACCGGAAGUGAUGUCACGUGAUGAUGGGAUAUUGACCAAACACGAAAGUAUUGAUGGUGUCGAUGUUUUGAUACAUAGUCCAGUGAAUACAGAAGGAGUGUUGCAUCCGGGCAUUAUAUAUUUCCAUGGUGGUGGCUGGAUAUCUGGCUCAACAGAGGAAUAUAAGGCAUUGACACAGUACAUCAGCAAGAUGUCUGGUUUCGUCGUUAUAUCAGUAGAGUAUCGGUUGGCACCUGACUUUCCUUUUCCCACAGCCUUCGAGGACUGUUUACGUGCAACGUUAUAUCUGUUAAGAAAUCCGUCAACGUUUGGUCUCCUGACCAACCAGAUUACACUAGCAGGUGACGAUGUAGGUGGAAAUCUUGCUCUCUCCGUGUCCUUGAAUAUAACAAAAGAAGAACCAACACUCUCAAAAUAUAUUCGUCUGGUUGGGAUGUUUUAUCCCCCAUUACAAGCAUUUGAUUUUAAUCUUCCGUCUUAUGCUAAAAACACUAGACAACCUGGACAGAUUGGGAAGGAAGAUAUCGUAGAACAAUUUUCUCUUUACCUUUUCGGUGAAAACAAUACAGAACUCGUCAAUCAAAUGAUGAAGAAUUUACAUACGACUACUGAACAAAAGAACUCAGAAAUGGCUGAAAUUUUAGAUCUUAAUAUGUUACCAUUUUCAUUCAGAGAAUACUCCGAGCCUGGCUUGACGAAAGAUGCUGGUAAUGAACAAUUGUCACGUGAUGUUUCACAUCUUAUAUUAGACGACAGGGUCUCUCCCAUGCUUACAGCUAUGCAGCACUUAGAAAAUCUACCGUACACGUAUUUUAUUUCACCGGAAGUUGAUCCAGUUAGAGACGAAUCGUUCAUGCUUUACGCUGCAUUGCGGGAGUUAGAUAUGAACAAACAUGAACAUGCUUAUUACCGGGGACAGAAACACGGGUUUCUAAAGCAUUUCCAUACAAAUGAUAUAGCCAAGCAAGCAAUUUCGGAAUUUAUUGCACAUCUCAAAAAGACACUUUUAGGAGAACGUUGAACAUUUAUUUUCUAUUUUAGAAAUUACAUAUUUACAGGAUGUUGUGUUAUAAUUAUCAUUUGUAUUUAUUCUAUGCUUUUCGACAUGUCACCUCAAUAAUGUUGUUUUUGUAAUAAC